AUGGUCAGUGACUUUUUCUUCCCUCAAUCAGGUAUGCUGCCCUAUAUCCUGGUCUCCGUUAAUAUAUUGACUCUUCCAGGUGGAAUCGAAAGUCACAUCUACCAGCUGUCCUCCAAACUUAUAGACCGGGGACAUAAAGUGAUUGUCAUUACACAUGCAUACAAAGGAAGGACAGGAGUUCGUUACCUUACCAAUGGGCUCAAGAUCUACCACGUCCCGUUCUUCGUCAUCUACCGCGAAACGACGUUCCCUACUGUCUUCUCGUUCUUCCCUAUAUUCCGCAAUAUUGUGAUUCGGGAGAACAUCGACAUUGUCCAUGGGCACGCGAGCUUAAGCAGCUUCUGCGGAGAAGCCAUUCUCCAUGCGCGCACCAUGGGUCUGCGGACAGUAUUCACGGAUCACUCGUUAUUCGGCUUUGCCGAUGCAGCGUCGAUUCUUACCAACAAGCUACUCAAAUUCACGCUUAGUGAUGUUGACCACGCAAUUUGCGAAAACACCGUACUGCGGGCUUCUUUAGAUCCGCUGAUGGUGUCAGUGAUUCCAAACGCUGUUGUAGCGGAGAAUUUCUGUCCCCUAUCCCACACCACAUCCCGUGCCGCCGAUCAAGCACUCAGCUCGCCUACCGAUCCUCCAUUAUCCCCAAGGAUAAUUGGGCCCGAUGAUACAAUUACAAUCGUUGUCAUUUCCCGUCUUUUCUAUAACAAGGGAACAGACCUUUUGAUUGCAUCCAUCCCGCGAAUUCUCGCCUCCAAUCCCAAUACCCGGUUCAUCAUCGCUGGAUCAGGGCCCAAAGCUAUAGACUUGGAACAGAUGCUAGAACGCAAUGUCCUCCAAGACAAAGUCGAGCUACUCGGAUCAGUGCGACACGAAGAAGUCCGUGACGUUAUGGUCCGAGGUGACAUUUAUCUUCAUCCUAGCUUGACAGAGGCCUUCGGAACGGUAAUUGUUGAAGCUGCUAGCUGCGGGCUUUACGUUGUGUGCACGCGUGUUGGUGGUAUUCCCGAGGUGUUGCCGCAGCACAUGACUACAUUUGCUAAACCGGAAGAAGACGACAUCGUUCUUGCAACCAGUAAGGCCAUCGCCGCUUUGCGCUCGAACAAAGUCCGAACAGAUCGAUUCCAUGAUCAAGUGAAAAUGAUGUACUCAUGGCGGGACGUCGCUGCCCGCACGGAGCGUGUUUAUGAGGGCAUCAUUGGCGAUAUCAGUCCCGAAGAGUUCUAUGGCUAUUAUCCUGGCCAGGGCUGGGAGGCUAGCGGGGAUCGCGUUCGCAGCUUUGCAUUGGUCGAUAGACUGAAGCGCUAUUAUGGCUGCGGUGUCUGGGCCGGCAAGUUAUUUUGCUUGUGUGUUGUGAUCGACUUCUUGAUUUACGUCUUUCUUGAGAUGUGGUUCCCACGAGCCAAUAUCGACAUAGCUCGAAGUUGGCCGAGGAAGCCACCUGCGAGGAAGUCUCUCGACAAUCAGUGA